UCAAAUGCUUUUCGAUAAGUUUUUAUUGCAUGUGAUUCAGGUUAUUGUUUUAUUCCUCUAUAAAGUAGAAAUUUCAAUAUGCCCAUGUUUCUGGACUAUAUGUAAAAUUGCAUUUUGCAAGAUGAAUUUUAUAUUAAUUUAUUUACUCGGAAGUUUAUUGGAGUGCUACGGAUUUAGGACUGAGAACGGCUACGUAGGUCAACAUUGUCGCGAUGGAUACAAGCCUGUGGCUUGGUGGUACAUAUACAAGCCUCCAACGGGCGUGGUCCACCCAAGCGGACAGAACUUCAGCUUCUUAACGCCCGACACGGAGGGCCGGUGGAUACAGUCGCUUUACGGCAUCACUGAGGCCGAUAUGCUGAGUAAUACUUUGAUGCCCGACUACAAGCAGCGUUCAUUCAUGGACCGCGGUAGCAGGGCGACGAUCAUAUUCGAGUCUCGUCACGGCGUGCCCGGGUCUUCGGCGCGCGGGGUCGUGAUGGCAGAUGAGAAUGGCGGGUUUCUGCUGACGCAUACCGUGCCCGGGUUUCCGCAGAAAUUGAGUAAGUUUGCAUAUCAUAGCCGAAAGACCACAACAACCAGUCGAAGUUCCUGCCCUCAUAUCAUUCUGUGA